CUCCCUCCAAAAAGCUAAGACCGUUUAUAACUAACUAACUAACUAACAAACUAACCUCUCUUUCUCUCUCUAAAAUUCAUAUCAUUCACCAAAAAUCAUUUCUUUUCGCUCCUUUCUUCCAUGUCUGCUCCGCCGUCUCAGCCACCGACCCAAUGCCCCACCAUGGAACGGCUCAGGACCUUGACCAUGAACUGGGACGCUCUCAAAGACGACGAUGACGACGACCGCUUCUUCGAGUCCUUCGACCGAAUCUCCUCCGCCCUCGCACUCGACCUCGACCUCUCUUCUUCCGAUGAUGAUGGUUUCGACGACUGCCGCAUGUCCUUCGCCUCCUCCGUCUCCACCGCUCGCUCCACCGAUUUCCUACGCAACUUCUCCGAUCCUGAUACUCCUUCCUCCGCCGUGGUCUCUGUUGCAGCCGCUGCCGACUACGAUGUGUGGAUGGCUGCUCCCGGUUCCAUCAAGGAGCGUCGUAAGCGGUUGCUUCAGGGAAUGGGGUUGACUUCCGAGAAGGAUCUCUUGAGGGUUAGCAGCAUCGUCGCGGUUAAACCGGAUUACAAUGCUGCAGCCUCCGAUGUUGAUCCUAAACAAGAGCCUUCGCCUUCGGCUUCCUCUUCUCCGUCUUCGCCGUCUCCUCAAUUUCCCGAUUUGCUUGUUCGGUCUCGUUCGGAUGGAGAUAUUGAGUCUUUUUCCCUCGAGAAACAACGGCAACACGAUAUGAUCGGAACGAAUUCGAAACAAAGGCUCACUAGAACUUACUCAGCCAUUUUGGCUCCAAGGGCUCGUAUAUGCCCUUACGCCGAUGCGAUCCGAGUUUCUUCGAGGGAUCAUCAAAGCACCAUCGUCGGGCGUUCGAUCAGGCACAGACACGGUGGUGCUCUGUCUUCGAUGGUGUCCACUAGCCGAUUUGGGGCCUUCUUCCUUAUCAAGAAUUUAGAUACAGGGACAGAGUUCAUCGUCAACGAGUACGGUGAAGACGGGAUGUGGAACAGGCUUAGCGACCUUCAAACAGGGAAGCAACUCACGAUGGAAGAGUUCGAGAAGUGCGUUGGUUAUUCCCCCGUCGUUAAAGAGUUAAUGCGUCGCGAAAACGUUGGUGGUAGAGAUGGCGGGAGCCAGAGGAAAUCGGGUAUUUCCAAUUCUUACAUCUCGAGAAGCUUGAGGAUGAGCAAGAGAAGGGGUGUUGCCCUGCUCAAAAAUGGCAUAAAGGGUGUUGCUUCUUCUAUGAGCGGGUUCAUUUGUGAAAAAGAAAGGGAGGCUCUGCCACCACCACCUCCUGCUCCUGCGGCUGAGCAUAAUAAACCUGCAAAGAACUCUAACAGUGCGAGCUCUGAUUGGAUAAAAGUCCGGCAGACAGGAAAAUCUUACAAGGAGCUAUCGGCUUUGCAUUGUUGUCAAGAGAUUCAAGCCCAUGAAGGCUCAAUUUGGUGUAUCAAGUUCAGUAUGGAUGCUCGUUAUCUAGCGAGUGCAGGGGAAGAUAGGGUAGUUCGAGUGUGGGAAGUGCAGGAGUGUGGGGUGAUGUCAUCGAGAGAGGAAGGGAACGGUACGACACCGCUUCAUCCCUCCAUUUGUAACUCCCCGGAGAGGCCACAAUCUCUUGCUGAUGCUCCGUUGAUGCCAUCGGAGAGAAGGAAGAAAGGGAAAGGGUCAUCUAGUAGAAGAGGUGGCACUAGUACUAUUCCUGACUAUGUUCACGUGCCUGAAACUGUGUUUGCUCUCUCAGACAAACCAUUCUGCUGUCUCAAUGGCCAUUUGGAUGAUGUUCUGGAUUUGUCUUGGUCACGAGAUCAGUUGCUUCUUUCAUCAUCCAUGGACAAAACUGUUAGACUAUGGGAUUUAGAAAGCAAGAGCUGUUUGAAAAUGUUUGCCCACAACGAUUAUGUAACUUGCAUACAGUUUAAUCCGAUAAACGAUGACUACUUCAUCAGUGGCUCACUUGAUGCCAAGGUUAGGAUUUGGAACAUACCCGAUAGACAAGUUGUUGAUUGGACUGAUCUUCAUGAGAUGGUUACUGCAGCUUGCUACACCCCUGAUGGCCAGGGUGCUUUCAUUGGUUCACACAAAGGUAGCUGUCGCAUGUACAGUACAGAAGAUUGCAAAUUGAGUCAAACAAGUCAAGUUGAUUUCCAAUCCAAGAAGAAAUCUCAGGCCAAAAAGAUAACUGGUUUUCAGUUUUCUCCCACAAAUCCAUGUGAAUUGCUUGUCACCUCUGCUGAUUCUCGGGUACGAAUAUUGGAUGGAGCAACCCCAGUUCACAAGUUCAAAGGGUUUCGAAAUACAAGUAGCCAAAUAACAGCAGCAUUCACUGAGAAUGGGAAAUAUGUCGUAUCUGCAAGUGAAGACUCUCAAGUGUAUGUAUGGAAGCGUGAAGAGGCUAGGCAGCCAGUCUCAGGAAGAAGACCCAUCAUUAACACGAAAUCAUACGAACACUUCCAAUGCAGAGACGUUUCAGUGGCCUGUCCAUGGCCCGGUACUAUCAAAGGCGAACCUCCUUUGGUACCAGUACACCAUUCAAAGCGUCACUCCAAACGCUACUCAUCCUUGCAGACACCUUCUGCUCCGGAAUCACCCACCCGAGAUGAAGUCUCUGCCGCUGCACCACCAACGACAACAAAUAGCAAGCGACAUUUACCACCAUUGCCCAAGAAAGGUACUACCAGUGCCUCCCCGACGUUGGAGAACUAUCAGCCAGAAGAGGAGCUUGGUCAAGUUUCUCAAACAGAAUGCGGCUGUGUUGGAGAGUCCUUCAGUUCCGAUGCAGAGACAAUAAGAUAUGGCGACUCACCAUCUAUAUCGGCAUCAGGUGCAACACCAUCAUCUUCAUGGUCUUCAUCUUGGCCUUGGUUCGAUAUUGGUGGUAGCCAUGGAAGUCAGAGCAUCCAAGCAACCGCAUGGGGGAUGGUUAUCGUGACAGCAGGGCUAGGUGGUGAAAUCAAAGCUUAUCAGAAUUUUGGGUUGCCUCGGAAAGUUGGUCGGCAAACCAGUCUUUUUGGAAGCCAGGCAUAGUGAUUAGCUUGUGGAACAAGUUCUAGGAUUAUACACAACACAAUACACUCUUGUUUUUUGCCAAAAACAAUUGUAGAGCUAGAUGUUCAAUUAAAAUUAUAUAAAUGUAAAUCAGCAUUUCAGUUCAAUAUAUAUUUUUUUAAUUCUAAUGAGAAGAAAGCAGAGACUAAAACAUUGGAGUUAUGUCCUAUGACCACAGCUCAAGAAACUAAAAAGUAAAAACCAAAUACCCUUCUCCUGACCUGAACUUGGCUAAGUUGUGCAAAUAAAUUUCUUCUUACUUCUGUUC